AUGGCAACUCCAAAUAACAAAGAGCAUUUCUCGGGUGGACUUGCAAAGGUUUUGGCAGAACAAUGGCAAGUUGACGUACGGCUCAAGGCAGUUAAUAGUGAUGAUGAGGGUUCAGCUAUCUCUGCCCACAAACUUAUUCUGGCAUCAAGAUCUGAGGUUUUUAAGAAGAUGCUGGAAUCAGACGAGCUUAAGACUUCAGCUAAGCAGGUGGAAACAAUCACUCUCUCAGAUAUGAAACAAGAAGAGUUGGAAGCUUUUGUUGAGUUUAUAUACAGUGAUGGCUCUAUGCUUUCUGAGAAAGUGAAGAAACAUGCUCGGUCACUCUAUCUUGCGGCUGAUAAAUAUGAGAUUCCGCAUCUACGAGACCUAUGCAGAACCCAGCUUAUAUUUGUCUGAGUUUGUCGAAUUCUCUUGACCUCCUUGAGCUCGCUCAAAUCCCUUUUGACAAAGUACUUAACGAUGCAGC